UUUCCUACUCGACCUCAUUCCUCCACUCGAACCGUCUCCGGCGCGCAUGUUGCGCACACUCCCGUGGAGGCGAGAGGAGAAGAAAGCGCGCAGCAGCUCGGUCGUUAUGCUCCGAGGAGAGGUUUUUGUUGAUGGUGUAGUUUCAUCACGCACAGAAUGACUGGCUGAAGGCGAAACUCGCCGGACUUCACUCUACUCUACACAGGCGGACGUCGUGUCGGCGCGCAAUGGAUCAGGAGGACUCUUUGGAUUUUAAGGCUCUGCGGGCCAAGUUCCAGGAUGAAGAACUCCUGCUAACGCAGCACAAGAUCAGACCAGCCCUCCCAGAUAAGCCAAAGGUAGAGCCUCUUCCUCAGAGCCCCACUCAUCACCUCCCUGCAGGAGCACGCCCCUCCCUGCUCACCUCCAUCAGCCAGAGCAUGGAUGGGAAAACAAACCUUGCCCCCAGAGUGGUCUUCAAGAACGAGAUGAAGGAGAGCAAAAAUCCUCUGAUCCAGGCUACCUCCAAGGGGAAUGACAAUAAAGAAGGGAAGCUGAAAUUUGGUAAAGACAAGACCAAAGGAAGCAAGGAGAGGCUUGAUGGUGACUCAUCAUAUCUGAAACCGAAGAAGGACAAGAAGCUCCCUGCACCACCGAAGGUGAGCACAGCAGAGCUGGUACCAGCCACGCCUCCGCCUAAAGCCACAGCAUCAAAGAAGAUGGGUUUCCUUAAUUUAAAGAAGUCGUUAAAAAGAGAUUCAUUGAAUAUCACGACUGAUCCCAUCUUAGACACCCCUAGUUCAGAUAUUCCUGGAACAGCUCCGCUCAUCCCGGUAACUUCUGACUUUGGUGACAGAUCACCAGAGCCUAAAAUCUCCGCGCCAAAGGCCAUAUUGACAAACUUCCCAACCUCACCUGACUCCAGUACAACAAUGGAAACCGCCCCGCCCUUCAUUAUCCCUGCCUCUCCCGACUUCACCCAGGUUCCUGCCGUUAUUCCUGAUGUCCCUGCUCCUGCAGUUCUAGACAGUGAAACCCCACUGGAGAUAGAAACUCCUGCCACGUCCCUCUCCAGACCUGAUAUUCCACCCAGUGUUGUCCUGACCCCUGCAGCCAGUCACUCGACCUCGGCUCCAGCUCCAGCUCCUCGUGUGCUUGCAGCGGAGGCUGCGACAGAGGCUGUAAAUAUAGCUGCAGUGGAGACGCCUCCUCCGGUCACAGACCCUCCUUCCAUCCUAGCGUCUCCCAAAACUGGCCGUACAAUCUCACCACUCUCAGCCCUUGUGAGAGCGGAGGACAUGAACCCAGGAAAACGAUCCCCGGCUGACCAGAGGAUUUUCAACGCUCUGGAGAAGGCACGCAAGAAGAUCGGCAGCCCACUGACGAACCACAGCACAUCUUACUCCACCACCCCUCCACCUGAGGAGCUCCCCCCUCCUGAGAGCCCCACCCACUCUCUCCCACAGCUCCCACCCAUUGAUUAUGAAGACCGGGCGGGGAAGGCCCAACGACCGAAAGCAAAGCAAGUUAACGGGAUUGAUCACAGACAAGCCUCUCCAGUGUUGGAGGGCAUCUCUGAGGAGGGGUCUGCUGCUCCCCCAGAGCGGUUUGUGGUUCCCCCUCCUCCACCGAGGAUGGUCCUCCCACACCCCGAGGCUCUGGGUCCUGCUCCAGAGAAGCCCGCCAGACCUCCCUAUGUCAACCUGAGUGAAUUCAUCCCCCCUCCUCCCGAGGAAGAUGAUGACAUCGCCGUUCCUCUGGAGUUCUCAGACACGGACACCACGGAUGUCCCAGAGUUUGACGAUGUGCCUUCAGCGGCCCAUUCUCCAGAGCUGCCGGUGUCAGAGUGGGGGAAUGGGGAGUACACUGGCCCACAUACUGUAGAUGGACACAACCUUCCAGAGUUUUCCAGCAAUGGGAUUACUGCUCCAGGAGCCGAGGUCCACGCAGUGCCAGCACUUGGAGACGAAUACCAAGAUGAUCCACAAGCAGUGGCAGGGCUGGAAGCUGCAGAAGCUGCCAACGGCAUCUCUGUGAGCACAGAAAACAACUAUGAGGACGUCCUGACGUCUGCCACCAAAAAGAAAGGAAAGUCUGAGGGUGGCAAGAAACGCAAAGGACCGCCAAAGAAUCCGUAUGCGGUGGCAGCUCAGGCAGCGAAUGAAGAGAAAAGCAAGACGGGCAGGUUCGGCAAGAGCGACAAGAAAGUGGUCGCAGAGGGGCCAGAUGAGAAAGAGCUGAAAAAGAAGGAGAAGCAGCGCUUGGAAAAGGAGAAGAAAGAGCUCAAGGAGAGACAGGAACGGGAGAAGAAGGAGCAGAAGGAGAGGGAAAAGAAGGAGAACGAGAUGAGGAAGAAAUUCAAAAUCACAGGACAGGAGGAUGCCAUGUACCAGGCAACAGUAACCGUGACGACAAAAGGACGCAAGGACGAUCUGCUGGUGGGGAGCGGCGACGUCAUCAGCAUCAUCCGAACAACCAACUGCCCCAAAGGGAAAUGGCUGGCCAGGGACAGCGGCAACAACUACGGCUAUAUUGCAGUGGAUCAUGUCGAGCUGGACAUCAAGGAGAUGUUGGAGCUGGGGAAAAGGGCAGCGAACACCCACAAGACCAGCAGCAAUGUUACCGAGGGCCAGGUCACCAGCACGGGGAGAAGGGCUUCAAAUCACUACCCAUUAUCUGCAGAAAGUUUCACAGAUGACAGUGAAGAGUGGACCGGUGACGAGGAUGACAAUCUCUCCCCUGUCCAACAACCUGCAGACCCGUUUGCUCCAGCGGGCCACACCAGGACACUGUCCAUGCCAGACAUUGGAAACAAAGAUCUUAACAUAGUCCACCAGCACAGUCAAAGUGACCUCAGUGCAGACGGCCCCCACGUCCAAGCAAGACAUGAAGCACUUCAGAAGCUAGCAACGUUUUUCCAUUCGCCCAAACCUGUGGAGCCAGCUUCCAGUAACAAUGAACCAGAGACAAGUUCCAUUCCAGGUCCUGUGCUCGCGGAGGAAGAAACGGAUCACGUGUCUGAGGUCAAUGAAACCGAGGAAACCGAUUUCGAUCUUCCUGAAAUGCUCAUUUUACCUCCUCCUGACCUGUAUGCUGAUAUGACCAUGGAGUAAUCAUCCGAAAAACCAGAGCACAUUGAAACGCAGCCAGGCAGAAGAAACAGGAUUUGUCUAUGAUGUUUUUCUUCACACUGUGACCCGUGUCAGUCACUGAACACUGGGACAGUGACUUCAUCCUCUCGACUAUGACUUUAUGUAUCUGAUGAGCACAUUUAUGGAUCAGUAUGAUGAUUUACAAGAGGAGCCGUAAAAUGACGAGUGGUCUCUCGGCAACUGGAAAUGUUUCUGUUCUCGGAGGCGCUCGGUGUGAAUCCGCUGAGGGACAGUCCGGCUCGUGUGACUUCUCAGGACUGAGGUGGACUGCUGAUCCUAAAGAAGGACCUGCAAACUGUUGCAGACAAACUUUUCUGGCUCCUGUGCCCCCGGAGGCUCUCAUUGGGAAAAUUAAAAAGAAAAAAAGACAUUUCAUAUGCAAAUACAAGAAAUACAAAACAAUUCAGUGUGGAACGAUGGCAGGACAAUGGCAAAAGUGGAUUUUUCUCAGACUAGUGUAUCUUUCAUGACACAAAACAAUCUUGAGAAAAAAGAGGUCUCUUUUUAUUAAUGGAUCAAAUAAUUAUCCACAUUUUAACUUUGGAGCUCAAGUUAUCAUUGUCUGAAUACUGCUCUUAGCAAUAUUAAGGCUUGAAUGAAAUUAGUAUCCUAUACACAUAUUACCAGUUUACAGUGUUGGGUGCAAAGGAGUUAUUAGUCUUGUUGCUAAUAAACUUACAAAGAUUUGAUAGAUUGUUAGGUUUGGUCAUCAGCAGUAAUUUAACCCCACAUGUGAUGUGAUUAAUUCCACACUGUCCUUUCCUUCAUGUGCAUCUAUAGGACGCCGAUCAACACUGUUUCUAAGACCAUGUUCAUCAUUUAGUUUGUGUUCAUAUUAGUGUGCUUUUUUUGUACAUGCACGUUUUUUUUUUACUUAUUAAUUUUAUUUACUCAUUAUUUUUGGAGUAUGGAAGUGUUUAUGUAACUACCCUUACAUUUACAUGCUUCAGCAUAUCAGGUCAAUAUAAAGAUUAUUGUCAAUGGUUUACAAUAAACAAUAUGGAGUGUAAUCUGGAAUAUACAACUAAAGGAUUGCGGCUGCAGUUGCUAUGAUCCGGUCAUAGACGCACCUUCUGGUGGGAAACGUCAGGUGUAACUUUAUUUUUUUUUCAUUUUAUGGAGCCGAUGUCGGGCAGGUGGCUCUUUUAUUUGCCUCCUACUUUUUUGGGGACUUUCCCUCAAGUGAUUGAAUAAUAAGUAUUACAGAAAGAGGCAAAAGCAAAGUGGCGAUGAUCACCUGAGGCCAUGUUCAUGUAAAAUAUUGUUGUUGACAUCUGUUUGAAAUGAAAAAUAAUAAUAAUAAUAGUGUGUGUGUGUGUGUGUGUGUGUGUGUGUGUGUGUGUGUGUGUGUGUGUGUGUGUGUGUGUGUG